AUGGCGUUUUCGUUGACUUCUCGCACAAUCAUACUCGAAGGCAGCAUACUAAAGGCCCACUGUCGCAACCUCCAAGGCUUCUGGGUUCCAUCCACUAUUGAUCUCGAUAGGCAUCUCGGAAACAUCGAUGGCUCUUUUAACAUGAGUGGGACGAAUUUCUCCCGGUCUGCUGAAUCUGUACGCUUGGUCGGCACCAUCAUCACUGCAUCUCUUAUCCGCCAGGAUUCGAAGAGGUUACAAGCCACUCUCGAUCUCAAUGUUUGCAUUCAGAACAUCGAUGGUCAACUUCGGUUUAAAAAGCCACGUGACUCGCUUCUCCUGUCGUCUUCCUGCCUGCUUCUUGAUGGAACUCGACUGAAGGGAUUAUGCCUUGGUAUGGACGGGAAGAUGCACGCGUCCGAGAUUGAUCUUAACGAUCAUUACGGGAAUUCGAAUGGAGAGUUCAAAUCAGGCGACAAAUCUUUCGUCUAUACCGCCCGCAAUCUUUCGCUUCACCUCACCACUAAAUCAAUCACCUUACGUGCCGAGUUGAGGGGCUGGGACAGUCAAUAUAAACAAGCAGAAGUCGACUUGUCCAUAUGUAUAGUGAACCACUAUGGGGGCUUGGUAUUUGUGAAACAUGAUGGAUGGUUUGACCGUGACGGGUUUUUCGCUUCAUUCUUCGAAAAACUGCCGGUGGUGGGAUUCAUCGUCGCUGCUCUGCAAUUUGCAGCUGGAAAUGAGGACCAUGCCGCUCGUGCUAUCGCCUACUGUGCCAACUCUACCACGGUUAUGGUCGGCAUUACUAUUGGUACAUGUCUGGGAGGACCGAUUGGUGCAAUGAUAAGAGCGGGUCUUGCGACGCCUAUCGGAAUCCUAGCCGAAAUGGCUCUAGCUGGUUAUCUUGUCCAUGAUCCUCGCUUGAAAGCGCAAUUCGAGGAAGCUACCAUCGGGCGGUUCUUGUACGAGUCCCUGCGUAAC